GGUCACCUAUGUCGACGCAUCCGGCCAGCCGAUCCAGUACAUCACGCAGGACGCCGGCAUGCCUAUGACCUACACCUCGUCGCCCUACACUAUGUCGGGAGGCUACACGUAUCCAAGCAUGCCGGCCGCAACGUACAUGCCUGCCAUGAGCGGCUUGGAUCACUCCCAGGGGAAGUGGUUCGCACCCGGCGAGGCCCUGCCCCCUGGCUUCGUGGUCACCGCUCACCCGGAAGGCCACGCGGCACCCCAGGAAACCCAUUCUAUGACGGACAAGGCCCGCGAAAGCUUCGUGGUCACCGGCUCCUCUCUUCCCAAGGCGGCUGCCCCAGUGAAGAAGAGCAAGAAGGACAAGAAGAAGAAGAAGUCCAGCGGCUGCUGCUAA